AUGGGACAAAACAUUGUGUUGAGGGUUGGCUCCAGUUGGGUUCCUCCUCUUCAACUUUCAUACCUAGGAUUAGGUUCUUGGCAUGUUGGACCUCGAUUCCUAUCUGGGUUUCACUAUUUAGAUCUAUCUCAGAAUCAAAUUCAUGGAGUGAUCCCAAAUAUUCCCUUCCUUGAUGAUUUUAACUCAUUGAUUGACUUGAGUUCCAAUAAUUUCAGUGGUCCACUGCCUUAUUUCUCUUCUAAUCUGGAUUGCUGGAUGAACUGGCCAUACUUGGUGGCUGUAAAAUUAAACAACAACAGGUUUCAUGGCAAUAUUCCGAAGUCCAUCGGAACUUUGAGCUUGCUCGAGUCUUUGCACAUUCGCAACAAUAAUCUCUUUGGUGAAGUGCCAAUUUCACUUAGAGACUGUACUGGUCUAAUCACACUUGAUUUAAGUGAAAAUAAAUUGGCUGGAAAUAUACCAACAUGGAUUGGGGAGAAUUAUUCAAGUCUGAACAUUCUCAGCUUGCGUGCAAAUGAAUUCUAUGGCCACAUACCUGAGGAGCUCUGUCGAGUUGCUUCUUUGCACAUCUUAGACCUUGUUGGUAACAACUUGUCAGGGACAAUACCAAGCUGCUUCAAUAGCUUUACCACAAUGGUUAAAGUGAAUGAUUCUAUAGGCCAAGUUUAUCUUCGAAGUAAUUAUUCAGGGUCAUUUCUGGAGAAUGCUUUUCUUGUAAUAAAAGGGAAAAUGGUCAAGUAUAACACCACUCUUAGAUUUGUAAGAGCAAUAGAUCUGUCCCAUAAUAAUUUAUCCGGAGAGAUUCCUGUUGAAAUAACAAACCUUGCAGGAUUACUGUCCUUGAAUUUAUCACAUAAUGCUCUGACCGGAAGAAUUCCCAGUGACAUAGGUGCUAUGCAAUCAUCGGAAUCAAUAGAUUUCUCUCGAAACCAUCUUUCUGAUGAAAUCCCUAAAAGUAUAUCAAGGUUAACAUUUCUAAGGUUAACAUUUUUGAGCCACUUGAAUCUGUCCAACAAUAACUUGACAAGAAGAAUACCUUUAGGAACUGUGAAAAUAAUGAAGUUGGUUACUAAGUUUCCUCCUACGAAGGUGCAGAAUCCUGAGGUCAACUUUCUGUCACAACUUCCUGCUCAAUCUGCAUCAGAGAAACCUACAAUAUCCCUUAGCUUGGCAGGGGAUCUGGUUGGUCGAGAUGAUCUUCGGAGGGCAAUUUCUUCUGCUUGUGGCUCAUGUUCUCUCCCUGAAGAAGUUGCCGCAGGAGUGGAAAGAUCUCCCCCUAAGGGGAUGGAUUCGGAGAUAGUCUCUGAGAGCCGCUCCUUGUUUGUAUCUUCAUCAGGAACUCAGUUAGGAGGCUUUGAUCCAUCAGGUUUUCCGGGCAAUGAACUGUGUGGACCUCCUCUGACAAUAAACUGUAGUGCACAAGUGGAAGAACAAGAAUUUAUUUCUAAAGUUGGAAAUUUACCGGUGCGUGCAGUAAUUCUUGUUCAUAGCAACAACAUUGCUCUUGAUUUUAAAAAAUUUGAAAUUCGUACUUUAUUUCUGGAUGCUGGACAUCAUUGUGGAGGUCUUUCUUUGGCCAACAUGCAAUCUAUUUGCCAGCUGCAAUUCCUGUUGGUCCUGGAAAUAUGUGGUGACAUAGAAUUCUUGCCUGAUGAAGUGGGAUUAAACUUAGUUCAAUUGACAUAUUUGGGAUUGUUUAAUUCAUAUUUCCCUAAGCUUCCACGAACUUUAGGUAAUCUUCAGAAACUUCAAACUUUGGAUAUAUUUUCGUGUCGGAGUCCAUCUGAAAUACCAAUAGAGGUGCUGAAAAUCCAACAACUAAAACAUCUUCUGCUGUGGUCUAACAAUGAUUUAAAAGGUGAAGUUAGAGUUCCAAAGGAGAUUGGAAUGUUGGUGAACUUUCAAACUUGUGCAGGUGUGUACGCUGGAGAUGUCAUCGCCAAUGAGUUGGCUACCUUAACCCAACUCCGAAAACUCGCUGUUAGCAGUGUCUCUGAAGAUCAUGCUGUUGAUCUAGCUUCAGCCAUCAUGAAGAUGGAAAACCUCAUUUCCUUAAGUUUAACUGCAAAGGAUGCAGUCCUUGGAGAUACAUGGUUGAACCUUUUUCCUGAAUUUGAACCUUUUUCCCCUCCAUAUCUUCUUCUAGAGGUUGAAUUAGUGGGAACCCUAGUUGACAUGCCCAGUUGGCUUGCCUCCAUGGAUAACCUUACCAGACUAUAUUUAGAAUACUCUGAUCUGUCGAAGAAUCAAAUUUCAGUACUUCAGCAUCUUCCCAAAUUAAAAGUUCUCACUCUAUGGAGUGCCUUCAACGCAAAGAUGAUUGGUAAGGACUUCUGUAAGGCUCGAGGUUUCCCAGAGCUUGAAUAUCUCAGAAUCAGUUUGGAUUUUUUUGUGGAGUGGACUGAGGUAGUGAAUGGAGCUUUUCCAAGUUUAAUAUUUCUCAAGUUUGUUGAUUGUCCGACCUUAAAGUUUCUUCUUGAAGGUCUAAAAAACAUUUCCAAACUUCAAAUAUUAGAGUUUUGGGAAGUACAUGAAGACCUUUCAAGGCGGCUGCAAGGUGAAGAGAAUUACAAGAUCAAACACAUUUCAAAAGUUAUAUAGACGGAGAGUCCAUUUAGGAUUCAAGGCUUUUUCUUUUCACGUCUGUUUGUUAGAUUCCAUCUUUGCUUUGUGUUGACAGAUAAAACUGUUUUAGGCAUUUGCUACUUCCA